UUACAGUAGUCUGAAGUCUGAAGGAGUAAUUCCAGUAAAAAAAGUCCACGUACGGCAAUUUGUAAAAAUGAAACAGUGAUGACGUGGCUUUUAAAUAUCGCUGAAGCCUGAAGGAGAACCCCAAGGCAAAGCCCCAAACCAUGGUCCAUGCCUGCAGAGUUUGAAUUAUUUUAGUUAAAAAAUUGAAGAUUAAAUAAAAAAAAGUAAUUAAAGUUGAGUGAUGCAUCCUUUGGUCUGAAGUUCCUACCUUGAAAACGACCCAAAACAACGCGCACCAUUGUGAUUGUGUAAUUGUGUUUGUGUUUGUGUGUUUCUCUCUCCUACUGAGCCGUCCCAUGUGCCGACCACCUCUUCUUCCUUCCCAUGGCGCCUAAUCUAGGGUUUUUCGUCUGAGUUCGAUCUCACUUCCUUUCUGUUCAUUUCUAUGGCGGAGACUAGGAUUACAGUCCAAGCUUUACCCAGCGUUGACAAAGUUGUUGAUCGGAACAACCCAGAUAUCAUCCCACUUGCCGAUUCUCAGCUCGCCCAAGCUCAUCCUCAAGCUCAUCCUCAUCAUCCUCCUCCUCAUCCUCCUCCAAUGGCGGAUGUCUCUGCUCGAAAGAAGCGCGGACGACCUCCCAAGAACAUCGGAGUUGCUUCUCCACCGCCGAUGCCGAUUGCCAAAAAGACUAAGAAGGAGGAUGAAGAUGUUUGCUUCAUCUGUUUUGAUGGCGGCAACCUCGUGCUCUGUGACCACCGGGACUGCCCCAAGGCGUACCAUCCUGCUUGUGUUAAACGAGACGAGUCCUUCUUUCGCCGGAGCAUCCGAUGGAACUGUGGUUGGCAUUUAUGUAACUUCUGUCAAAGAAAUGCUCUCUUUAUGUGCUACACGUGCCCUUAUUCCUUAUGCAAGGGAUGCGUCAAGCAGGCAGAUAUUUUGUGUGUCAGAAGGAACAAAGGGUUCUGUAGAACAUGCAUGACAACUAUUAUGUUAAUUGAAAAGAUUCCCCAAGAAUCCAAGGAGCAGGUUCAGGUUCAAGUAGAUUUUGAUGACACUACUAGUUGGGAAUACCUUUUUAAGGUGUACUGGAUAUAUUUGAAAGAAAAGGAAGCUCUUACCUUAGAUGAGCUGACUUGGGCUAUUAAUCCCUGGAAAGUAUCUGGACUUGAAAACAAUAACUUUCAGCAGAAAAGAGUUGAGGCAUGUCUCAAUAAUGUUUCUGAGCUAAGCAGCAGCAAUGUACAACAGGAAACAAAUGCUUUAAAAAGAAGAAAGACAAGAAAACAACCGCAGUUGUUGAAUCUGAAUUCACAGAGUAUUGACAAACCAGAUGGAAACAAGGUAUCAGGUUUGCAUGCAGUAGCUGAUUGGGCAUCUAAAGAACUUUUGGAAUUUGUUGCGCAUAUGAAAAAUGGUGAAACAUCAGUUCUGUCUCAGUUUGAUGUUCAGGCUCUUCUACUAGAUUAUAUAAGAAAAAAUAAUCUCCGUGAUCCUCGUCGAAAAUGUCAAAUUAUUUGUGAUAGAAGGUUAGAGAAUUUGUUCGGUAAGGAGCGAGUUGGUCACUUUGAAAUGCUCAAGUUACUUGAAUAUCAUUUCAAAGAAGAAUCUCGUACCAAUGGUGUGAUUAGGGGUGCAGCUAUUGACCCUCUUGCUUCGCAGCUGGAGAAUGAGGGUAUUAGUGGAGACAUCCAGACUCCAAGUAGAGAAACUAGGCGGCAAAGCCGUAAAAAGGCUGAAGAAAAAGGCCGACAAAUCAAACUUGAUAGUUAUGCAGCAAUUGAUGUUCACAACAUCAAUUUAAUUUACCUGAAGCGGAGUUUGUUGGAAAACCUAAUGGUAGAUGCUGAAAAUUUUCAUGACAAGGUUGUUGGUUCAGUUGUUAGAAUUAAAAUAUCCAGCAAUGAUCAAAAGCAAGAUAUGCAUCGGUUGGUCAGAAUCAUAGGUACAGACAAAGCAACUGAGCCCUAUAAAACUGGUGAUAAGACAGAGUGUUUCAUGCUUAAGAUAUUAAAUCUAAACAAGAUAGAAGAUGUAGCAAUUAGUGCAAUUUCAGACCAAGAGUUCUCUGAGGAUGAGUGCAGGCGUUUACGUCAAAGUAUAAAGUUGGGACUCGUUGAGAGGAUGACAGUGGGGGAAAUCCAGGAAAAAGCGGUUUCAUUACAACCAAUGAGGGUUAAUGAUUGGCUUGAAACAGAGAUAAAGAAGCUGAAUCAUCUUAGGGAUCGAGCUAGUGAGAUGGGGCAUCGCAAGGAGCUUAGGGAAUGCGUGGAGAAAAUAGAGUUGCUGAAGGCACCUGAAGAACGUCUACGUAGGAUUCAUGAAAUUCCAGAUGUGCAUGCUGAUCCUAAAAUGGAUCCUAGUUAUGGUUCCGAUGAUGACUCUGGCGAGUCAGACGUUAAGAAGCAAGAUGGGUCAGUGACACCAAAGUACUCCAAUUCCAAUGCAAUAGGUGUGAAGUUGAUUUCUCCUGUAAGAGCAGGGGAUAUGUUGAAAGAUGACAGGACUAAGGCAAUAAAAAUCUCUGUUGCUAAUGGAGAACGGAAGAGGAAGAAUCCUGCUAAAUUUCAUGUUGGGAAAGCUGAAAGUGCCACAAAACCCCAUGAGCCCUCCCACAGUUCUGACAGAAUUGACGCUGCAUCAAGGGUCCUGGAAGAAUUCAACCAUCGAGCAGAUUUGGGUGUUGUUUCUGAUGAUCGUGGAGUAUCUAUUUCUCAAGCGGCUUCUGAUUCAGCAAUAACCGCUCUUUCCUCUCGGAUGCUCCUUGUAGCAGAUAUGACUGAACUAGAGAAGAUUUGGCAUUAUCGAGACCCUUCAGGCAAAGUUCAAGGACCAUUCUGCAUGUUGCAGCUGCGAAAGUGGGAUUCAAAUGGUUUUUUCCCUACUGAUCUAAGAGUUUGGAAGAUUAAUGAAACUCUAGAUCAGUCCAUACUUUUGACUGAUGCGUUAAGAAAGCAGCAAUCUAAUGAGUCUGAGCCUCAUAUCGAGCAGCUUUCAUGCUCACAGUCAUAUUGUGGAGUUGAAUCUGUUGACAGAAAAGUUAAUCCUGCUGAGGAGUUUAGCAGUAAUUCUGAUAUCCCUUUUGUGGGCCACAAUCCAAAUGAAGAAGUCAGCAAUAAGAACUCAACUGACAUAAAUGCUACUUCAGAGGCUUAUGAUCUCCCAAUGAGUGGUUCCUGUAGUUUAUUAGUGUCUGAAAAUCAAGUUGGCAUAGAUCAAUCUUCUGGGCUUGAUAUGAAAGCACGACUAAUUGAGAGUUUAUUUGACACUGAAGAACCCAGUUCAAUUGCUACGCCCACCGGGUCUUCUGAAACAAUGCAAGUUACCCUUACUGUUGAAUCCUCUCAUCCAUCCACUUCUACAUCAAAGUCUGUUAAUGCAGACUUGGAAAAUCAGGCAAUGAAAAGCCAACCUUCCAGCCCAAAUGCUGGCCAAUUAGAUUCUGAAGUUGGCUGGGGCUUGACUUCUAAUGGAGCUGAGACUUCAAAAUUUCCAAAUUCAACACCAAAACCCAAUCCUGAGGACUUGAAAGGCCUUGAUUUGGAGAAUCAAGUCACAUCAAAUGUGUCUAAAGACUUUGAUGUUUGUAAAACAGGAUCUAGUGCAAGUAAAUUUUCUCAUCUGCCAAAUCUUUUGCCAAAGACAGAAAAUAAGGAUGUCAAUGAUCGUGAUACAGAAAAUAAAAAGUUGGCUGCUUCUGCUGGCUUUGAGAAAGACUCGGGUGUAGGCAGUACAGUUUCUGGUGGAAUUGAUAUCUCUAUGCUGCCAGGUGCUGCUCCAAAAGUGGAGAAUGAGGGACUAAAGCUUCAUACUGUAGAAGUUGGACAAUCCAUUUCUUCAAAUGUCUCUGGACGAGAUUGGAGUAACAUUUCUGGUGAAACUGGCAUCUCUAUUCGGUCAAGCAAUAAUUUAAACACGGAGGGCACAAAUACACAUGUUCUUGAAAAUAAACAUGAUGGUUCUUCUAAUGUUCCCAAUCUAGAUUCGAGGACCAGUUGGAAUACAAUUUCUGACGGAAUUAUAUUUUCUGAUCUACCUAGUGCUGCCCCAAAGCUUGAGAACAACAGCUUGGAGACUCCUGCUGUAGAAAAUAACGUUUGCGUUGGUCCAAAGGUUCCUGCACAAGAUUCUGGGACUAGCUGGACUUCGAUGUCUGUAGGAAUUAGAUUUCCUGAUCUUCCUACUACCUCACAGCUGGACGAGGCUUCGAGAGGUCAAGCAAUGGGAAAUAAAGAUUCAGAAAUUUCGAAUGUCCCUGGACAAGAUUCAUGUAUUAGUUGGAGCACUUCUAGCCUAGUAGGUGAGGAAGUACAUCUCCCUGAUGUUGCUAGUGAAUGGGGUGCGUAUUCCACAGUACAUGCCAAACCUGUUGAAGAAUUCAACUGUAGCCUAGUUUCUGGCUCGUCAGCCAAGCUGGUUGAAGUUGGUGAUGACCAUGGCACCCCAACUUCUCAUAGUUGCCAGCUGACUAAUCCACAUUGUGAUACAUCAAGCUGGCAGCCCAUUGAGCUUAGCACUUUAGGUGAUGAAUCUGUUUCUGAUUUGUUGUCAGAAGUUGAGGCAAUGGAGUCUCUAAGAGGCAUGUCAUCCCCAACUUCUAGGAUGAACUGUGGAGAUGACUCAAUUGACUCUCCGGGAGAUGAUUGUUUUAGUCCUCUUGGAGGGCUGAGCCCAAAUCUUGAUCCUGGAAAAAAUGAUGCUUUGAGUUCCACGGCUGAUAUGCAAUUCCAUCUCCAGCCUAAUAUCACUGAUCAUCCACAUGGGCCCUUUUCUGUUAUACGUAAUCUUCCGAGAACCUCUUGUAUUCUCUCUACCGGAAGCCUUCAAGUAGAAGACAUCAAGCCAGCUACCGCUUUGAUCCCUCACCGGGAUUUUGUUUCUAAAACUUUAGUGUCUGCAGUGCUGCCACCACCACCAGCAGCAUCCUUACCACCACUACUUCCACUACCGCCUCCACCAUCAGUAUCCUUGUCACUGCCACCGCCGCCGCUACCAUCCUUGCCACCAGCAUCCAUACCAUCGCUACCAGUAUCCUUACCAUCGCCACCAGCAUCCCUACCGUCACCAGCAGAAUCCCUACCAACACCACCAUCAUCCUUACCAUUGCCACCAGCAUCCUUAUCAACGCCACCAGCAUCCUCACCAUCGCCACCAGCAUCCUUACCAUCACUGCCAGCAUCCGUACCAUCAUCGCCAACCUUGCCACCAGCAUCCUUACCAUCACCACCGACCUUGCCACCAGCAUCCUUACCAUCACCACCGACCUUGCCACCAGCAUCCUUACCAUCACCACCACCUCCUCCUCCUCUUUCACCACCACCACCACCACCACCUGAAGAAAAACCACCUUCACCACCUUCUAACUUGAGCCUCAAUCGCCCAUCAAGCCCUCGUGAGGAGGGAGAGGUAGACCCUGCUUCUCUUUCACUAAACCAUCCAGAAGUGCGUCUUCAACGUCAACCUUCUCCACAGACCCCGAGCAUAAAAGUAGCAGCGGUAGACACUUGGAAACAGGGAUCUGAACAUAGUAGUACUGGUCGGGAACCACCUGGGCAUCCAAGUGGUAAGCUUUCUGGUACAGGUUCCAUUUUAGGAAAUCCUAACAUGCAUUGGAAUGCUUCUGGUCCUGGCUUGGCUGCUGUAAGUGUGAACAGUCAUUGGAGUACUUCAGUGGUAAGCCAGGGAGCCAGAGGUUCUAGUCUUCAGACAUCGCCAAGAUAUAAUCAUAGCAUGGGGAGACAUUCUGGUACGAAGGACAGGAGCCAUCAUCACCACGGCGUAGAUUCAGGUUUUAGUAAGAAUAGGCAAACUUCAUGGAGCAGACAGUCUUCUUUUGGUGGAGGAGGCUCUUCAAGGCCACCUCCUCCUAGAGGGCAGCGUGUAUGUAAAUUUUAUGAGAGUGGGUAUUGCAAGAAGGGUGCAUCCUGUAAGUAUUUGCACCCUUAGUUUGAUAAUGCCCUCUUCGAUUUGUAUCAAUUAAAUCUCUGUAGAUUGUAAUUGUUGUAUAACGAUAUAUUUGUUUCAUAAAUUAAAGAUCUUUAGAGGCAGAGGAAAUUAAAAAAUUUA